CACCUUCACAUCGAUCUCCUCUCUUUAGCAUGGCAUAUACGUAUGAGGCCUUUGAGAACUUCUGAAUCAGCCUAGGAGUUAAGGCAGGGGUGACCGUAGAAGCAAGCAAAAUGAACAGUAAACUGCGUACAGCGAUUGUAACUCUCUGCGUCUUCCUAAGCUUGCACCUUCAAAACGUGUUCUCAGAUGGCGUGAACGUCAAUCCGUCGAGCUACCUUGCACCUCAGGUGAAGGUGCCGAACUACCACGUGAACGACAUUUGGAAGGCGCAUACGCACUUGCCGAACUACCCGGAAAUCGAGGCCGCUGCUAGGGACACUUUCGUCGCCCUCCCGUCGAGCUAUGACACAAAAUAUCGGAACCCCUGCUGGACACAAGAUGGCACGUUCAAGUGCUUACCGUAUUUCCAAAUACUGGGAGUUUCCAAAUGCGGGACAACCGACCUGUAUAACCGCCUCACGGAACACCCCGAUAUGAUUGACUGCUCUUGGAAGAGGUCGCACAUUGGUGAAGCGAAUCAACUCCACGCUGUCCGAAUACCUAUCAAGUUCCUUGCUGCGGACACCGUUAUUCCGCUUCUAUUCCUACCACCACCGUACAGCGGGCCCCGUGUUCACCUCAUGCGACACAGGAGGCCCUUCAAUCAGGAGCUUUCGAGGGCGUUUGGGAACGACCCGCGGUGGUUAUGGGGGUACUGA